AUGCCUCUUUCACGUUACACUUAUACUGGACCAGUCGACCACACUGUGGUACCCGACAAGUCUAAAGUUCAAGGCAAGUCAGUCAUCGUCACAGGAGGUGCCAAUGGCAUGGGAGAGGCUUUUGUCCGGGCGUUCACUGCUGCCGGAGCGUUCGUGACCUUUGGCGAUUUACAUCCACGAGGAUCUGAAAUCGAGAAGGAGCUGAAUGUUGAUGGUCAGAAGGCUGCCUUUGUGAAAUGUGAUAUUCGGAAUUGGGAGGACCAGAUACAGCUUUUCGAGACUGCAAGAUCGAACAGCCCGAGCAACAGCGUUGAUAUCGUGAUUGCCAACGCUGGAAUCAGCAGGAGCUCUGGUGACAGUCUGUGGAAUCUUGAUGACCCCAACGGUGAGCCCACAAAGCCAGAUUUGAAUAUUGUGAAGGUCAAUAUGGACGGCACAUUGUACACCUGGAAGCUUGCGGUUCAUUAUUUCCGCAAGCAACCUGACACAGACGAUCGCGAUCGUUGCUUUAUCAUCACUGGGAGUAUGGUGGCAUGGAUUGAUUCACCGGGAAAUUGGGAAUAUACCGCCACUAAAUAUGGUCUUCGUGGAUUUAUGCGGACUGUGCGUCGCUCAAGCUGGGAGCAAGGCAUCAGAAUCAAUUAUGUCGCACCUUGCUGGAUCAAGAGUGCGAUACGGACAGCAGAAUAUGAAAAGUGGCUUAUUGACCACGGUAUCGAGUUUGGUGAGCAGGAGGAUUGUGCUGGUUGCAUGAUGAGGAUCGCAUGUGACAAGACUAUCAACGUGUGCAAUGCUGAUGGGGACGGACGUCUAGGCCACUCGCUCAUGAUAGUGCCAAGAUCCAAGGCGAAGGAAGGGUUUAUGGAUGUUGAUAAAGACGACUAUAAGGAGGAAGGGUACUUCAAGAAGACUCAGGAGACCCAACUGGUCAUCAUUGAAGACAAAUGGCGGGAUGAUUAUAAAGUGAGAGUCUAUAAGGCCUGA